GCCAAUGUCGUUAUGUCUUCGGCAACCUUGUCGAAGAAGUGAACGAAUGGCAGGUUGAGUUGACGAGAUCGAGUGGGACAGGGAUAGUGAAAAGCCAGUGAAAAGGCAUCACGGUAAAACGAAGUGAGACGGAACGAAUCACCGUCGAGUGAUUCUGCUGGUAAAUACGAGUGCGUGCGAAUUGUUUCUGGUGUUUGAUUCAUGUGGGUUUUCUCGGUGCGCGAGUGCCGCUGGUAUCGGCGAUGGACUUUAAAUGAGCCUGGAAACGUGCCGGCUGCCGGGUCGCGGGCCUGAAAGUGUUUCGAGACGCGCCAUAACUCGAGACUCGAGGACCAAGAGGACGGACCGAUGUUGUAACGAACGGCCAAAAUGGAAGAGGGAAGCGUUCAUAGCAGUACGAGCGAUAUAAAUAGUGAGGAGCCGGCCAGGAGCGAGCCUCUGAUCAUUCCGCGCAAGAAGAGGAUAUGCCUGGUCGGCGAAGCCGGAGAAGAUCCGGCUUUGGGCGCGGCAGCUCAACAAUUCAGUGUGCCGGUAUUGAAGUCUGAAACUGGUGCAGAAUAUAUGGAAGAUACUGCCUACUGCACGUACUUCAUUUUAAAGCAAUUUGAGGGACCUGAAUACGAGGGACUAUCCAAAAGUGCCCACAGAAUACUGGGACCUACUGCUCUUCUGCAGCUGGCAGACAAGAAGGCUUCUCUACCUAGCAUCAACCGACCAAUGUACACUCAAGCAAUGGUGGGAAUCGUUGUCGCCUUUACCGGUUUCCGGAAGAAAGACGAGCUGACAAGGCUCAUCAACAUGAUCCACAGUAUGGGUGGCAGUAUCCGGAAGGAAAUGGGCGGUAAGGUAACUCACCUGUUGGCGAAUUGUUGCGGCGGCGAUAAAUAUCGAUACGCCGUAACGUUUCGUGUGCCGAUAAUGUCAAUUAGCUGGGUGACGACGUUGUGGGAAGCUAAGGACGACGUUGCCAGCUACGGCAGUAAUGACGAAUUGGUUGCAACACAGAAACUCAAACCUUUCUUCGGGGCCAAAGUAUGCUUCUUUGGCUUUCCCGACGAUGAGAAAAAGCACAUGUGCGAAGUUCUGCAACAACAAGGUGGAGAAUCGACAGAGAUUGAUGAUCCUAACUGCACUCAUGUGGUGACCGAUUCGGACAACCGGUACCGCGAUGUCGGGAAUUACAUGGGACCUCGUAUCCCAUCUCGAAUGUAUUCCUUAAAGACUGAACCCUUCACCUUCACGUUUUACGAUCCUUAUACCAAUACAAUCCCUAGUAAAACUUCAGACCAUUCAGGAUCAAUCUCUCGAUCGGCAUCGGUUCAGUAUCACCCUUACAUUUCGAGAUAUACGAAUGACAAUAUUGCACGCAGAUUCAGCGUUGCUUCGGAUCUUAGCCUGGACUCUGGCAUUUCCAUGGAUUUCACUAAAUCCGAAGACGCAGACUUUCCGUUCGAUUGUUUUUCAAAUCAAUAUGACUCCGGAGUCAAUAUCUCCUCGUCCACAAGAAUGUCUCAGGACAUAACUGGCUCUAGAUUAAACUCGCUUAACUCGGGCUCUGCAAAUUCCGGUUUAAUAGUGACAUCCACCGAAUUGGAUUUGGCAUCUAUAGUCUCUAGUAAAAUGGACGUGGAUACAUCGGAACCUAGUCGAAGUUUCGAUUUGAGAAUGUCAAAAUUAAAAAACGUAAGAUCCAUGUCGCUACCGGUUAGUCAAUUAAUUCAGACGGAAAGCAAGGUGCCUGUAAUAACGUCACAGUAUUCGAAAGAUGAUCAGACGAAUAAGUCACCUGCGUCAAAAACUAUUCAAUCGAACAAAAAAGCAGUAACACCGCGACGAUACGUUAUUUGGAAACGGUCAAAGUCCUGUUUCGCUGUCACAAAAUUCACGUCUCCCGAUAAAACACGUUCCGUGAAGAUUUUCUCGCAACCGAAUCUAUGCAGACACCGGGAGGAUUUACUCCUUUACGGUUCGCCGAUUUUGCGAACCAAGAGAAACUUCAGUACGGCUUUAAGGCAAAUUUUUAAAUCCGACGAAACUAAUCACACGUCGGAUUCUAAACAGUAUGUGCACAUGAGUCCUGAAGGUAAAAGAUCCCAGUCCAAUUCCGCGUCAAUCCCUGCUAAAAUCGCCAGAAUGUCCACCGAUUCGAAAAAGACCAGCAAUGCUUCCACUUCCUUGGACAGAACUCAAAAUCAAACUUCGGGAUUCGACAAGACGAAGAAGUCGCAGGAGAAAUCUUUUAUCGUGGUCGUGGACGAGUCUAAUGUAAAUGCUCUACCAGACUUGGCCUCCGUGCGGGCCCACAUAGUAAAGGCUGAAUGGUUCUGGACGUCGGUUCAAAAUGAAGGCGCAGCUGACGAGAAGGAAUAUCUUUUCGAAGACUACUUAGAAUCUGUGCUGUCGCCCACUGCUUCGGCCAGAAGAGAUAGUCAACAGGCAGCGACACCUAGCACAGCAUCUACGAGACGGAAACGUAAACGACUGGCCGAAACUCUGUCGAGUUUGGUACAAAACGGUGCUGACUCCCCGGCAGUUCAUAAAAGGCGUUCCAGUAUUAGCGACGCCGGGCAUCUGAGCGUCAGUGGAAGUUUUCUUGACUGUACAGCCAGUCCUGAUAAGCAACUGCUGGACGAUAUUCCAGAAGUAGAAGCUGUUAACACAGAGACAUCGAGGAAGAACCUGUCACCGCGACAUCAAGUAUUCCUGGAGCUCGUACAGACGGAAUCAAACUACGUCGGUAUCCUGAGUACAAUAAUGACGUUAUUCAAGUCGCCAUUAGAAGAUCUCAUAGAAACCACCGGGGAACUGCUAAACAGUACAGAGGCAAAAAUUAUCUUUGGCAACUUCCCGCCGAUCUACGAGGUCCACAAGAAGAUGCUCGAGGAACUUCGCUAUAGUGCGUCUCGCUGGGCGGAGGACGUGAGCAUUGGAAAUAUCUUUUUAAAAUACGCCCCGGAUCUGGUGAAGGCAUAUCCACCGUACGUGAACUUUUUCGAAAACACAAAGGAGAUGCUCGACCAGUGCGACCAAAAUAAACCACGGUUUCAUGCUUUUUUAAAAAUUUGCCAAACCAAGCCCGAGUGCGGCCGGCAGAGCUUGAAGGAGCUGUUGAUCAAACCUGUCCAGAGGCUACCCAGUAUUAGCUUAUUGCUAAAUGAUAUUCUUAAGCACACGAAUAAAAACAACCCGGACCACAGCGCGCUGGAACUGUCGAUCAGCAGUAUUAAGGAAGUCAUGACUUAUAUUAACGAAGACAAGCGCAAAACUGAAGGGCAACUCGUAAUGUUCGAUAUCUUUAAUGAGAUCGAUAAUUGUCCUCCGCAUUUGGUCUCGUCGCAUCGUUCAUUCAUUGGGAAGUGCGACGUAAUGGAAAUGGGCGAGGCACUCAGCGGUCGUGGCGAUCAUCUAGUCCUCUUUCUAUUCACGGAUACUUUGGAAAUCUGCAAGAAGCGUUCGAAGGCCUUCAACUCCUUGAAGAGCCCCAAUACGGCGAACGGUUUACAUUCUGCAAAACUCAGCCAGGGAAAGCCGUAUAAACAUAUCAGAAUGCUGUCGUUGAGCACGAUCAAGAAGGUCGUGGAUAUCCGUGAGACUGACGAAUGCCACAAAGUCUUCGCCCUCAUGGUGCGCAGCAACCAGGAACUGAAGGAAAAGAUGUUCUCGUUCACGAUAACCGACGAGGAGGUCAAUAAAACAAAUUAUCUUAGGACGCUUUGCCGACAAAUGGCUAAUACUGUCUGUAAGGCUGACGCGGAUACUUUUCUAAUCACUCUCGAUUCAAAUCAACUCGAGAUUGAUACUAGCGACAUAGCAUUAGGCACAUUGAGCAAAGCAUUUAAGAGCCUAUUUCAUAAUUUUUACCUGGAGUAUAUGGACCCGUAUGUGUUCCUAUUGAAUAGCAUGUGUGAAACCACAUUACAUGUCCCACUACCGUUCGCAUCUAGGACCAGGAUGAAAGUCGGCCGAGCUUUCAGCUUCAACAAAACGCCAAGCAAAUUGAAACGCGCGAUGUCCACCAUGAUGUCGCCAUUCGGCUCAACGAAUAGUCUUACGCCAGCCAGUCAACAACUGGCCCAGAUGCGAUUGGCUAGUUGCAACAAUAUUAACGUAAGGUUCUCACGGAAAAAGUCCUAACCGUAUUAACCAGACAAAGCUAUCAUGGGCUUACAAAGUAGAUCAAUAUGAUUGCAUGGAGUUUCGUUUGUUUGGGAGAUGUUAUGGCGAUCUCCAGUGUUCAGUGAUCAGACAGUGUCAUGUACAAUCAUCAAUAAUAGAAUUAUCAUCGCGGGACAUUGCACGUGUGGGGUUUUGUGACAGAUUGGAAUAGGUAAUCUCAUGUGCUUUCAGGAAUUGGGCAACGGUGGCUCGGGAUCUCCGUCAAGGGACGAUGUUCUGGUGGCACCAAUGUCGGUUCAGCCGACACGCAAAGCGAAAUGCAGUUCCUUGAGUAUGGCCUCGCUACGAAGGUUGUAACUCGACAAAAAAAGUCUCUAAAAGCUCGCUAACUACAUCAUUACCAUUCGCUAUCAUUGCUCAAAAGGCUUCCACCGACAAAACGCCAAGCUUUUGGAUAUCAUCGUUCUCGUAUGCCGACGUCGUAUUUACUACAUUGUUCUAUUGGCAACGGGCCACGUUCGCGACUAUGAACGGUCUCUUGGCUUUUUUUUUUGUUCGUAUUUAUACUCGUAAGAAAUUACGUGCCACCAUUUCGUUUCUUUUAUUUUUUUUUUUUUGUAACUCGUUCAUUCUUUUUACUUCAUUAACUUAUACUUCUUUUGUUACGUCCACACGAAAUUCAUUGUUCUUGUACUGUACGUACCAUUGUCGCGCUAACUGUACAGCUUUUUAGUAUUCAGUGCCACGAUUUUUGUACACGGGUAACAAAUAGUUUAGUAAUAUCGGCUUAAACUUACUAACAGUACGAAUUAUCGAUGACAAUGAUUCUAAAUACUAAUAUAGAGACUUACAUCCUUUUUGUGUUUACUACCAAUUUAUUACCAGUGAUUCGAGUAGAUUCUUAUACUUAUUAAACUUUAAUUUAUUAUACCGGUAUGGUACGGGAUAAGUGUCGUUAGAUGUUGGAUGUAUUUAUAUUUUUUAAAAGCCUGUGUCAAGUUCGUACGGUUAUCUUUUAUCAUUAUUUUUAAUCGCUUUCAUGUAAUCGAAAGAAAAAAAAACCAUGGAGGACCGUGAAAGAAAGAUAAAAAUAUUUGCGACCGUGGCCCGGAGGCCUUCGACCUACGACUGAGAAUAAUCGUGUGGAUCGAGGAGCCACCUAACAAUCCCAUUUUGUUAUUAACUUCCUCUCGCUUUUCUACCUUGUUAUAUGAUAUUCAUUAAGGCUCCUCCGUCCAUCUUGAAAACUGACCAUCGUUUCCGUGCGAUAGUGGCGCCACCUGCACGGUGUGUAUAUUCCAAAGGAAACAAUGGUCGGUUGGUUACUUAGCGGAACCCAAUCCACGUGUGUUCCUCUAUUUUUUACGUUAACGAUGUUCGUGCCUAACUUUGUAUAAUUGUCUAUAUUAUUUAUUGUUAAUGCCAUCAUUAUAAUACCGAGGACUUCGUCGUUAUUGGCUUCCGGUCUUGACGCGACAAUUCAAUGGCUACGCUGAGCGCAAAAAGAAAGGCGCGUUAAGCACCGGAAGCGGCAACGGAGUCGAAAUGUCCUUUUGUAAAGUAAUAUUACGAUAUUUAGGCUAAAAUGUGUCACCGAUUAAAAAGUGCUUUUUAUGUAAUAUCAUAAUUCGCUUAUUUGAGUCCUUCUGUCGAUCAGCAGACACGAACAAUACGCAGUAACAGAAUCAUUCAUCGCGCCGCAGCCACAUUAACAUGUAUAAAAUUAACCUCACUUCUAUUUCUCGUUGCUCGUGCUUAGUGUUUUUAUUUUUUUUAACCAACAUUAAGAAACAGAAAAACUUCUCUGACGCUCUUCUCUCUCUCUCUCUCUUUCUCUCUUCACACUUUAGAAACUGUUCCGAGGAAGUUGUGCAGGACAAGUCCGAGCUCUGAAAAUAAAAAAACACAUGGCCGCUUCGUACUCUGACACGCACGUGUUACAAUCGCCGGGUGCGUCUCGGUCACAGAUAUUCUCGUACCAAUGCUAUCUCGUACGUUGAGAACAUUUCUUGGGUGGAGAUCCACGCUGCUGUAUUAUAGAAAUGUGUACAUCUGAGAUGGACGACAGUAUUCGCAGUCUUCGAUGAGAAAAAUGUGUAUAUAUGUCAUUUUUAUGGUCAAAGCGCAAAAUACCUAUGUUAAUAUUUACCGGACCGAGUGAGUAUGUAAAGGCCAUGAAUAAUCUUACAUCGCAGUACCGAGUAGGGUAUUGCGAAAUUGAUCGCGACCAAUUAGCGUAAAAUUCAACUGAAUUUUUCUGUAUACCGAAAAAAUAGCAGAAAUUAUUGAUUUCGUUGUAAACAGCCGAAAAUAACUUGCCUCAGGGAUUCCCUCGUGGUGCCAAUUUCAUAUUUAGUUCCGUGCACAGUGCGUGCACCUGUACUGGGUAUCGAGCUUGUAGAACGUUUUUACGCUAAAAAUCGAAAAAUACUUCCGCCCCUUACCAAACACGCGGUUACUGUUAUUUUUAUCACAGAGGAUGCGCGCGAUCGACGGUCACGUAAACGAACGAGCAAUUGUCACGUCACUGUCACAGAUGUAUCAUAAUACUUUCUAUGAGAUGUUAUAUAGUUACUGUUUCAUGGGAUUAAAUAAAUUUAAAAAAAAAAGGAAUUUAUGUACUUUCGAUAAUAGCCAGUUACACUGUGUAACGUGUACAUAAGUUUAGACAGUUCGUAGGGGAUACACUGUCUCACGUAUAUUCGUUUUUCGCAAAAUCGACUAUGAAAAAAAAAGACAAGUGAUUCGGCGUCUACGGUACACUGGAUCGUUAUAUAUAUAGUGUUUAAAAGUUACGUUCUUAUAUAUUUAUAGUAACGUUACCCUCGUUAGGACUGUCAUUCGAACGUUCGUUGACCGCGCGUCCAAUUUAAUUGAAAAAAAUUUUCCGAAAAUUCCGUGGACAGUAUAAUCUUCGUACAAUAGCUUGCGCUUCUACUAAUCCGUAUGGCGACACAUGAAUGACACAUGAAUUGUCGCACGAAAGCGCCUUUAACUCUAGCGUACUUUAGAUAGACUUAGGGUGUACAUACAUAAUUCCGUAGAGCUUUUAAUAGCCUAAACUUCAUUUCUUUAUUUAUCAUUUUGAUUUUUUUUUUCCGAAUUAGAUUAAACACUCGACAGAAUGGUCAUAAUCAGAUUUUUACGGUUUGAUAUAUUUUUUUUUCUUGAGCAUAUUCGUUCACAUCGACGUAACUUUCGCGCCUUUCAGAUGACUCCGUUUAAAUGAAUGUAAAUAAUACACGUAUAUAUAGUAGGUUAUGAUAUAGACAGUGCCUGAAGAAAAUCGAAUAUUUUUUAUCACACGUGUAAGAAUAUUGUAAUUCUAUCUUGUAACUUGCAGUAAUCGUAAUACUAUUUAUAUUAAAUUCUAA